AAUCGACCAGGAAGUGAAUGGCGGAAAUAUAGAUCCACCUCACGCUUUCAGUUCACAGUUUUUGGCCAGACCUGUUUUUUCCCCUGAAUGGAGAGGCCAGAGGAGUAGGUGGCAGAUGUGUUCAGAUAAAAGCGGUGGACGGUUUUGAAGAAACGAUGUCGUCGCGUUUAACUACCUGGCAAGAACGGUAAAGUGAAUGGACAGAUAACCACCAGCGAAGGUCCUGUGACUGACAACCUGCAGGAUUAAACACCGACAUAUGGCCCUGCUCCUCAGCUAGCCGAGGGAGACAACGACACAACACAAGCAUCAUGUUUCUGAAAACAUCGUUCACCACCCUGAUCGUGGGGGUGUUUGUAGUGUACGUGCUCCACACCUGCUGGGUGAUGUAUGGGAUAGUGUACACCAAACCCUGCGACAGCCCCAAAGGUGACAACUGUAUCACACCCUUCCUGGCAGGGAACCCGAAACUACAGUUGAGUAUCUACACUGCACUGCGGCCCAAUGGAGAGGGAGGACAUACCCUGAUCCACAAAGAGGAGAACUUUGAUGUCAACAGCAAGUUUGAGAGGAUAGUCAGUGUCUCCCUCCCUAAGAAGACCCGUAACAAUGGAACUUUAUAUGCACUGAUAUUUGUCCAUCAAGCCGGCAUCACUCCUUGGGCAGAUCCACGGCAGGUCCACUUGGUGGCUAAGGUCACCACCUACAUGGUCCCUAAACCGCCUGAAAUCUCUCUGAUAUCCGGCGAGGAUCAAACACAUGGUCAGAAAGAAGAACCUCAGCAGACGCAGCAUGGUGACGGUAACCCUGCAGCAGGGGGUGGAGUUGGAAGUGGAGCCACUUCCACAUCGGAUCACCCAGUUUCCCACUGGCGUUCCCGCCUGACGCUCAACAUUGUUGGCGACCAUUUCCUGUUUGACAAAGAAUACCUGCCAAGUGAUGUCCAUAGAUACCUCAGAGUAUUCCAAAAUGGUAAAAAGAUGGUGUAUCUACCUCUGCUGUUUGUUGAUGAGCUCAGCAACCGGGUCAAAGACCUUGUGGAGAUCAACAGUACCUCCAUGGAGCUUCCUCUGACCAUCUCUUACGACUCCAUCUCUCUGGGGAGACUACGCUUCUGGAUCCAUAUGCAGGACGCUGUUUACUCUCUGCAGCAGUUUGGUUUCACAGAGAAGGAUGCUGAUGAGAUUAAAGGGAUCUUUGUGGAUACCAACCUGUACUUCCUGGCUCUGACCUUCUUUGUAGCCGCCUUCCAUCUCCUCUUUGACUUCCUGGCCUUCAAGAACGACAUCAGCUUCUGGAAGCAGAAGAAAAGCAUGGUGGGAAUGUCGAGCAAAGCAGUGCUGUGGCGAUGUUUCAGCACCAUAGUGAUUUUCCUCUAUUUGUUUGAUGAGCAGACCAGCCUGCUUGUCCUUGUGCCUGCUGGGAUCGGCACUAUCAUCGAAGUGUGGAAAGUGAAGAAGGCCUUUAAGAUCCAGGUUUUCUGGAAAGGAGGCAAACCAACAUUCCUGUUUGGGAAAUUAGAUGAAUCAGAGAGGAGAACAGAAGAGUACGAUACUCUGGCCAUGAAGUAUCUGUCAUACCUCUUGUAUCCACUGUGUAUUGGAGGGGCUGUGUAUGCUCUAAUAUUCCUACGAUACAAGAGCUGGUACUCGUGGCUGAUCAACAGUUUAGUGAAUGGUGUAUAUGCCUUUGGCUUCCUCUUCAUGCUUCCUCAACUGUUUGUCAACUAUAAGUUGAAAUCUGUGGCCCACCUGCCCUGGAAAGCCUUUAUGUAUAAGGCAUUCAAUACCUUCAUCGACGAUGUGUUUGCCUUCAUCAUCACCAUGCCAACGUCUCACAGACUGGCCUGUUUCAGAGAUGAUGUCGUGUUUCUCAUUUACCUCUACCAGAGAUGGCUCUACCCAGUGGACAAGACAAGAGUAAAUGAAUAUGGGGUUUCUUACGAUGACAAACCCAAAGGAAAGACUCACAGGGACUAAAGAGGAAAGACAGGUUGUUGGCUUCCAUGAUGUGGUUUCUGCAGGUUUUGUCUCCUGCCAAACCUGUCUCCUCCAUGGAUCUCAUCUGGCAUCAACUGAGCUGGUUUAAUGGUCCAGGUGCAAAGGGGAAAAAUAUUUUUGUUUCUGGUCAGUUAGUUGUAAAUGGUCCAGGUGCAUCGACAUCCUUGUGAUUUGUGACUUUUUCACCCCGUCCCAUAGUGCAAAGCGUUCAAAGGGAAGAUCGAUAAUAAGCUGAAUCUGUAACUCUUUUUAAACUGACACAACAACAUGGAAAAAAUGUGUUUGUGAUUGGUGUGAAUGGCCGGCACCCUGCUCAAGACCUGAGUCUACAACAGGUCAGACACUGCUCAAUUCUGAUAUGAAAUAGUACACUGAUGACUAUAGUAACUUUGCUAUAGUAGGUAUUGGUGGUAGCUUUGAGACCUCUUGGCCAUAUACUCUGCUCCUAGCUUUUUUCCACACAUCAUGUCAGUUCACAGCACUAGUCACAUUCUUUGUUUGUUGUAAUGCUUCUUGAGAACCACUGUAGAUACUGUAUCUUAAGAAUUUUAUUGCCAUGUCAAAAAGGGAUUAUUAUAAUUUUAAAUGAUUUUAUGUUGACAAAUGCCAGUUAACUGACAGAGUACGUUUUGAGAAGAGCCUGGUUCAGGCUGCUUUGAGGAACAGAUACUGAAACACACACAGUGUAUCUAGGAGUUGUAAAAUAACAAUCAAGCGCUGCAUUUUACACCUGCCAAGAUGAUUGAAAAUAUAGCUAUCAUAUCAACUCAACAUGGUUGUGACUGCAGGGAGCUUAAAAUACUGCUUUGACAAAUAUAUCCCUAAUGUUUCCUUUUUCAGGCAUUAUUAUACAUUAAGCACCAAGUCUGAAACACCAGAGCUCUCACAAAAAUCUGUUUGCCAGUCCUAAUUACAGCUUGGAUGUUGAAGUGAACACUGUACAAAUUGAAAAAUGGUAAUUUCGGUAUGGUAAAAUUUAAUUAGGCGAAGGUGGAUAGUGAUGUACAGAAUUUUAGUGCUUUUCUAGAAGGUAUAUUAAACUAUAAAAAGGCAGUUUUUUUUUUUUUAAAUUUCAAAUUUUUUAUCCCACAUUAUCAUGUAGACAAAGCUAACAUAUGGUAACUCUGGGAAUAAUUCCAGAAUCUGUUGUCUCUUGCUCUGUCUACAUGUAAAUUAACACUGACAUUUAUCACACCAUAACACAGGAGAGUACCGCCAAAAGCCAUACUGUCCUUUACAUCCAUUCUACUUUUGUAGUUUUACCUGCUCGAGUAUUUUUUACAUAUCAGGGCCAAGAAAAUCUGUGUGUGCCAAAUGUGAGAAUGAUUCUUUGAACUGUUUGUGAGCUUUAUAUGUUCACCAUAAAUGGUCCAUCUGAUGUUUUUAAAUAGACACUGACAUUGUGAGGGAAACAGUAAAUGGUAAGACUUAUGGAAAGUAUUACUAGAUCUGGAUUUACACAGUCACAUUUAGAUUUUUCUGCCAUAGUUCUAAUGUUAUGUUCAGCCUAAUGGUUUUACUUAUUGUGCUGUUUUGUUUUUGAUUGAGAUGAAAUAAAAUUGACUGACUAAACAUGU